AUGGGGCCGUCGUCAUCUCUCAAUCACCUUUCCAACUUGAAGGAUUCCUCCUCUGGUCCUGCUACAUCUACUACCACCACCACCACCUCUCACCGUCCGACUCCGACACCGCCAGCGAAACAGAGAAUGGCUCUGGGCCUCCGCAACCUGGUCGAUAGCGCCAAGCGCUUCGUCUCGUCGCCCUCGACUCCACAAAAUGAAAAGACCAGCACCGCCUCGGUCAACGACCUGUUCACGGUAACGAGGCCCGAGAUCGAUGGCGACGCCUGCGAGCACGACUGCGAUUCGUGCCACGUCUCAUACCCGCGCGGCUUCAAGAUUGACGAGUCCGACGUGCUGUACGGCCACGUCAAGGGGUGGGCGACCCACGUGCUGGUGGCCACGGGCAAGUCGGACUGGGUGCGCGACGUCGAGGAUGAAAAGGGCUCUGUUAUGCAGGCGUUUGGCCGCGCCGCCAAGCCCACCAACGGCCGCCUCAUGCUCAGCGCAAGCAAUAUACCCACCCCGAGCCACGCCUCCGACUACAGCGAGCCCACCACGGUGCUGGUCCUGCCCGCCUUCCGCGUAGUCGAGGGCGUCCUCCCCGCCGAUGUGCCUCGGCUGGUCGACUGGAUCAACCAGGCCCCAACCAAUACGAGCCCGCUCAGCCCUCUGAACAAUAGCUUGCCGCAAACGAUACCCGCCCCGGCGCCCGAUGCCCGGGACCUGGUGACGCGGCCGUCGCCACACGCGGCGCUCAUCUUGUUGUGCAGCCAAAAGACGCGCGACGCCCGGUGCGGACAGAGCGCACCGCUGCUGCGCAAGGAGCUGGAGCGCCACCUCCGCCCCCUGGGCCUAUUCCGUGACCUCGACGAUGAGCGGCCCGGCGGCGUUGGCAUCUAUUUCAUCAGCCACGUCGGCGGGCACAAGUACUCGGCCAACGUCAUGGUGUACCGGCGACCCGACGCAUUCGGCGUCGACGCCGUGGAGAGGGCCAAGUUGGUGGCGGCGGGCGAGGACCUGAAGCCGACAAUCUUCCCCGUAGGAGCAAGAAAAUUCAAGGCCAAGAAGCCGGUGGCCGAAGUGGAAGAGACGGCAACGUCUGAAGAGGAAAAGAAGCAAAACAAUGGAGACGCUGCUGGGGGAGAGGCGACGGAAGAGGAAGAGGGCGAUGUUGGCGCUGCGCAGUGUUUGUGGCUCGCCCGGGUCAAGCCCGAGGACUGCGAGAAUCUGGUCAAAUACACCAUACUCCAGGGCAAGGUGGUGAAACCAGAGACACAAUUGAGGGGCGGUUUCGAUCGUGAAAAGGGGUUGAUGAGUUGGUAG